CCUUAAAUGAAAAGAACAAAAAUGUGUGCUGGAAGAUUUUUUAUGAAUAUAUUCGGACCGAAAUCGGUCCGUAAUUAAUUUAUGCGCCAAAUUUUUACCGUUGAUUUGAAUCUUAUUGAUUCUGCGGUAAUUUAUUUAUAUUCAGACCGAUUUCGGUCUGAAUAUGAUUAAUGCGCCAAAAAAUUUCCCGGAAAAAUUGGAAUUUUUCCGAAAAAAUUGAAAUUUUUUGGUGUCGCGCGCCAUUGAGGAUUAUACGGACCGGUUUCGGUCCGUAUAUGUCUUAUAUAUAUCACCACUUCUCUUCCGUUUCCUCAUUUCCUCUUCUUCCUCUCUUUCUUUUCCUUUCUUCCUCUCUUUCUGCCUCCCGUCAUACCCGAUUCUGCUCUGCUUCCCGCUGCAGCCCGAAGAAAAAAAAAAGAAGGAACCAAGCAAGCCGCCGGCACCAGCCUUGAGAAACCGGUGAGCAAGCUUGGAUUUCUCCUCCUUUUCUUGUUCUUGAACCCAGAAAUCUCCUUCCUCUGCUGGAAAAGCCGGAUCUGCCCUGCUCUGCUUUGUCCUUCCGCCGGCUGCUCUUGAUUGUGGGUGAUUUCUGGGCAUUUUUCGAUUUGCCGCCGGCCUCUUUUCCCCCUGCAGCUCCGGUUUUAGCUGGAUUUUCUGGUAUGUUGACAGCCCCUCCAAGCCCCGAAUUUGUCCAUUUAUUUGCUGAUUUGUGUGUUCGAAAAUCUGCUGGAAAUAGGGGAGAAAAUUGAUAGUAAUUAGAUGAGAUUUAAGCAUUAAUUCAAGUGGGAUUUAUGUGAUCGAGUGUUAAUUGAUUGUUGUGAUUUUUGGAGGAAAAUCCUGUGGAAUUAGCUAGUGUUUUGGCCAAUUUGUGAAAGUUGGAAUUACUGUUCACGUCGGGGUCACUGUUCACCAGCACUGUUCACCGGUUACUGUUCACAUCCCGAGGGCCAACAUUUAACGGGAAUUUAAAUGAUUAGUUUGUGAUAUAAGAACGGAUUUGGAGAUAUUUGAUAACGUGGAGAUUGAUAGAAAUAGCAUUGUGAUUAGGAAUGAUCCUAAUGAAGUGUUCAACGGAACUUUUAAAAGUUACAAGCAAGUCCAAUAUUUCAGACCGAAAACGGUCUGGAUAUAGUUUGAGAAUAACGCCUGUUGGGAGACGAAACUUUUAAAAGUUACAAGCAAGUCCAAUAUGUUCAGACCGAAAACGGUCUGGAUAUAGUUUGAGAAUAACGCCUGUUGGGAGACGGAACUUUUAAAAGUUACAAGAAAGUCCAAUAUGUUCGGACCGAAAACGGUCUGGAUAUAGUUUGAGAAUGACGCCUGUUGGGAGACGAAACUUUUAAAAGUUACAUGCAAGUCCACAAUAUUCGGACCAAAAAUGGUCUGGAUAUAUUUAUAGAAUGACGCCUGUUGGGAGACGGAACUUUUAAAAGUUACAUGCAAGUCCACAAUAUUCGGACCGAAAACGGUCUGGACAUAGUUGCAAGUUUUAAAAGUUGCAGCUGGGUCCUCAAUAUUCGGACCAAUCCCGGUCCGUAUAUAUUUGUGAUGCCUCUUUCCGCCACAGUUACAGACCAUUGUCGAUCAACUAUAAAGACCAAUAUCGGUCCAUAUAUAUAUGUUCAGACCGAUUGGUAAUAUAUCCGGACCGAUUUUUUGGUCUGAAUAUACCAUUCCUGCAGUAGUGAAAGUGCAUUUUUCAUUGUUAAGGGAUUAAAAAGUGCAAACAAAGGUUAAGGGAUGAAAUUGUGCAAAAAAAAGUUAAGGGAUGAAAUUGUGCAAAACCUUAAGUUGAGGGACCAAAAUUGGCGUUUAACCUUGUUUUAAAAAAAUCUUCAUAGUUUUUGGGAAAACAGGAAGUACUUAUAGGGUUUUGGGUUUUUAAUUCCACCAGUGAGAUUUGAACUCAAUAAUUAAUAGAAUAGAAAACAAAAUACCCAUUUAAUUUACUUGAUACCUAAAUAAGAAUUUACUCUAAUGAGAACUCCUAUGGUUGGGGGGUUUUGACCCACACCUCUAAUAUAGAGUGUUAUUGUUGUUAUUUUGUAAGGAUAGGUCCGAGGUGCCCAACCUCGGACGUACAGCAAUAAUUCCUUUAUAACUGAAGUAAAGGAUAAACCCAACACUUCCUGCUCAAAUAGCUGCAUGACAGCAACAAUAAGCAUGCUCGCACCUAAUUCCUUAUGACAAGUUGCACAGCAGUUACGGUGGACAUGCUCAUAUCUGAACAUCUCUCAAUUUCCCCGUCCCGAAAUAACUGUCUGGAGAGACACGUCAGACUUCGAUUAUCUUGCUUGGCAUGCCACGUGGGUUCCUCACUGAAGCUUAUAAAUACCCCCCAGGGGCCACGUCAAAAAGGUAAUUGAAACCAACCUUAAGCUCCUUUUAUCUUCACUCUAAAGGUAGCCUUGAUUAUUGUUGACUUAAGCAUUGGAGUGUCUACCUCGAGUUCCACCUCGGGGCUUUGCAGGUCAAUCCGGAGUGUAGACGUGAACUGAAGAAGGACUUCUGGUUUGGUGCAAUUACAUAUUUGAAGAGGUUUCAAAGAGUUUACCAAAGUGAGGGUGCAGGGAGUUAGGGAGGCAUGGAGAGUUAAAUUAAAUCAGACUCAAGCCAUGGGUUUCACAUAUCUUGGCUGAAAAUGAGAAAAAAAACAUAUAUAUAUAUAUAUGUAAAAGAUUUCGAAGGCUAAUGUUGGGGUUAAUGGAGAUGUCUGAUGUUGUUACUGCAUUGACACAAACGGUAUUGGGAUGAGUGCGUAAUUUUUCGUAAGUACAUGGAUGACAUUGAACACAAACCAUAUGGUAGAGGGAUAACAAUGAGCAAUUUCACAGUGCAGGGAGAGAACCAACAAAAUUAGUGAGUACAUGGGAUAAAAUCGGCUUUAAUCCAAUUCUUAAGGAUUGUUUGGGCUGGCCAGUAAUUAUUUCCGAAAUGAAACAAUGAACAAUCUUUUGUAUG